CUCAACCCGUGCCGUGCUGAAGCGUCAGUAGAGGUACAGGGCGGCUGGUUUCAACUUCAACCGUCAACCAUCACAAAGUGUGUCAAACCUCUGCUCGAGUCGGAGACAGGUGCUGGAAGCAAACGGUGGCCAUUUAUCUAGACUAUAGGGUUGCGUGCGGUCACUUUAAUCGGGUUUCAAAGACAUAGUAUAGCUUACACGCACGGAGAAAGAAGAAGACUUGGAGAAGAUUCACUUUUCGCCUCCGUCUCUCACAUCAUGGCUACAACAACCUGUACCAGGUUUACUGAUGAAUAUCAGCUCUACGAGGAGUUGGGAAAAGGUGCCUUCUCUGUGGUCAGAAGAUGCAUGAAGAUCUCCACCGGUCAGGAGUACGCUGCCAAAAUCAUCAACACCAAGAAGCUCUCUGCCAGAGACCACCAGAAGCUGGAGAGGGAGGCUCGCAUCUGUCGCCUGCUGAAGCAUCCCAACAUCGUGCGGCUUCAUGACAGCAUAUCUGAAGAAGGAUUCCACUACCUUGUCUUCGAUUUAGUCACCGGAGGAGAACUGUUCGAGGACAUCGUCGCCAGAGAGUACUAUAGCGAAGCAGACGCCAGUCAUUGCAUUCAGCAGAUCCUAGAGGCCGUGCUCCACUGCCACCAGAUGGGCGUGGUCCAUCGCGACCUGAAGCCAGAGAAUCUCCUCCUGGCCAGCAAGCUGAAGGGUGCCGCUGUGAAGCUGGCGGAUUUCGGCCUGGCCAUCGAGGUGCAGGGGGAUCAGCAGGCAUGGUUCGGUUUCGCUGGGACCCCCGGGUACCUCUCCCCUGAAGUCCUGAGGAAAGACCCCUAUGGGAAGCCUGUGGACAUGUGGGCCUGUGGUGUUAUCCUCUACAUCCUGCUGGUGGGCUAUCCUCCUUUCUGGGAUGAGGACCAACACAGACUCUACCAGCAGAUCAAGGCUGGGGCCUAUGACUUCCCCUCUCCAGAGUGGGACACGGUGACCCCUGAGGCCAAGGACCUGAUCAACAAGAUGCUCACCAUCAACCCUGCCAAACGCAUCACCGCCGCCGAGGCGCUCAAGCACCCCUGGAUCUGCCAACGCUCCACGGUGGCCUCCAUGAUGCACAGGCAGGAGACUGUGGAGUGCCUGAAGAAGUUCAAUGCCAGGAGGAAGCUCAAGGGUGCCAUCCUCACCACCAUGCUGGCCACUCGCAACUUCUCUAGCAAGACCCCCUUCAACAAGAAGCCUGAUGGAGUGAAGGAGCCUCAAACCACUGUUAUCCACAACCCCACUGAUGGACAGAAGGAGUCCAGCGAGAGCACUAACACCACCAUCGAGGACGACGAUGUGAAAGCACGCAAGCAGGAGAUCAUCAAAGUGACUGAGCAGCUGAUUGAGGCCAUCAAUAAUGGAGACUUUGAGGCCUACACGAAGAUCUGUGACCCUGGCUUGACCUCUUUUGAACCUGAGGCCUUGGGGAACCUGGUCGAAGGCACCGACUUCCACCGAUUCUACUUUGAGAAUGCUCUGUCCAAGGGCCAUAAGCCCAUCCACACCAUCCUGCUGAACCCGCACGUGCACCUGAUUGGGGAGGACGCGGCGUGCGUGGCCUACAUCCGCCUCACCCAGUACAUGGACGCCAACGGCAUGCCCCGCACCAUGCAGUCCGAGGAGACGCGCGUCUGGCACCGCCGGGACAGCAAGUGGCAGAACAUCCACUUCCAUCGCUCUGGCUCGCCCACCGUGCCCUCCAACUAAUAUGGCCUCCGAACUGCCAGGGAAACACUUCCUGCCAGCUGAGCAUUCAUCCUGCCUACCCAGUCUCGAUCACACCCUGACCCCGCCCACCGCAACUGCUCUACCCAAUGGGAGUCUUGUUUACAUAUCAUCACUGCUGGACUUGGGAAUCUAGAGUGGUGGGCCGGCCAACUCAUGAUAUCAUUAUUGUGUGUCUUUUUUUUUCUCGUAGAAGUUGGGAUGAUGCACACCAUUUUUUUGGGCUGAUGCUUUUACAUCACUCCCAUAACAGUGCAGUAAUCAGACGAGCAUGUAAUUAAAGUAACCUGUGUAUCUUCCCAUUCCCUCUUAUUAAAGUGUUGUGAUUAUUGUCAAGAGAGCCAAGUUGAUUUGUACACUUAACUAACUCCCCUUCAGUCAGUCACUUUGCCAUGUGCUGUACUUUCAAGCUUACACAUUAGAGGGGUUGAAAUUUCAAGAAUGCCAAGCUCGCUACCCGUUUUUUGUCAUCCGUAGUGGUACAUAGCAAGUAAUGAGAGCUGUGUGACUGGUUCCCUUCAUCAGAUUAGUAGGGAGAUGUGUCAGAUAUCACUGAUUUAACCACAUAGACAAGGUUGCCAGCAUAUCUUAGUCACUGCCUACAUUACAACAACGUUCUUUAAGGAAGACUACAUACUGUACGUCUCAUUUCAUGUGCAAUAUGGCAACACUUUUUAAGUAUACAAACUGAAUGGCAAAAACAACUUGAGCUUGCUUGUAUUUUUUGUUUGUUUGUUUGUUUGAUUGAUUUUGUUUUUGGUGAUUUAGACGAUGUUUUGUGUGAGUAAGGUGAAGUGCUACUAUUGCUUUUACACUCUGGAGUAUUAACAGUAGUCUGUGAGCUAUAGUUUUUGAGCUUGAUGCAAAUCUGUUGUGAUGCAUCUCAAGAUGGUCAAGCAAACAUUAUUUUCUUCUUAAACAAACAAAUAUAUAUAUAAAUAUAUACAAAAUCUUUUUUAGAGGGGGAGUUCUGAAUAUGUUUGGUUCCAUAAUCAUAGUUGCACAUGGAAGAAAUAUGUUUCAAAAGCGUCAAAUGUUUGAACAGUAAGGGAAUGUAACCCAGGUCUUUGUACCGUUUGCCACAUCAAGGUCUUAUUCUUUAACUUGUGGAAAACUCGUGGACAAGUUAUCUUUUAUGGUGAUUUCAAUAAUCUUAUUCUUCUUUUGUAUUGUUUCGAAUUAGAUUUAUCUUGUUUUGUUUUCUGUAUUUUUUUAUAUUGCAAAACUUCAUUGACACGGUGUUUCUCUCCAGCUCUCUCUGAUUUUUCUCACCUCUGGUCCUUCUUAACGUCCAAACACUGCAUGAGUUAAUUUCCUACCACUGUAGUUCCUCCACACUUUGAUAGUCUUCAUAAGGUCCCCUUUCCCCCACCCCACCCCCCCAUCACACACACACAAAGCUUCUAUCCUUUCUAACACCCCAUGUGUUUGUCCCUUCAUGUUAGGGUAAAGUUAUAAAGAAUUAUAUAUCUAGAUGUUUUAUUUUUGGUGCCACGUGGUGAAUAGUGAAUGCAUUAAGAAAUAUCCUUCCCAGAAAGCUUACUGUGUCAGUGGGAAGCCUUUUGCAUAAAUAUGUUUGAUUGUGCUGAGCCAUUUAAUUUAGAGGGGAAUCGUUCACAUGUGUUUGCACAGUGAGUCAAAGAAGAGGGAAAUUGUCACAGUUAUUUGAUUUGUUUUCUGGAAUGUGUUUAAACACAUACACACACACCCAUGCAGAAACACCGCCUAUAUGAUAUGACCUUAAUGCUGUUUUAGUGUACCACUAAAACAAAUCAGUUCAAUAAAGUAUUUUUGUUCUUAAUAAAUUGCAAACUAAUGAAAAGUUGGGAGGUUUCCAUCUAUUGAACUGUCUGCAGUAAAAAUGUUUCUGUUUGUGACUGCGUUGGCUUAUCGGUAGGAUUUCAGUAGAACACCAACCAGUCCCUCAGGGAAGGUUCAACAGAAAAGUUUUUUUUUUCUCUCCUCUUUUAGUUUGUCUGCCCAUCAUGUUAUUUUUUAAGUUACUCAAGCCAUGACACACUAUGGAUAGAGUGUAAAUAUCUACUGCCACCAUGGGAACAGACUGAUAUUUGAAAAAAUAUUGAAAUAAAAUGUGAUUUCUGCCAA